AUGGCGGCGCUGGUGGCGACCGAGGCCGCGGCGUCCCCGGACCCGGCGGAAGCCGCCGAGACGGCCGAGGCGGCGGAGCUAAGCCGCGUACUGAGCCGCAUGCUGCCCGGUCUGGAGGCUGACAGCAAGCUGGGCCGGCGGCGCGCGCUGGAGGCACUGCAGCGCACCCUGGAGGCGGCGCGGCCCGAGGCGCCCGACGGCGACCCCUCCGCCGCAGCCGCCUUCCAGGGCCCGUGGGCGCGCCUGCUGCUGCCGCGCCUGCUGCGCUGCCUGGCCGACCCGGCCGAAGGCUGCCGCGCGCUGGCCGUGCACCUGCUGGACUUGGGCCUGCGGCGAGCCGCGCGGCCCCGUGACGCCCUCCCGCGCCUGCUACCCGCUCUCGCCGCGCGCCUGGCCGGCCCCGAGCCCGCGCGCCGCCCACCGCCCGAGGCCUGCGAGGAGCUGCGCCUGGCGUUAGUGCAGCUGCUCCACCUGGCCGUACGCCUGAGCGGCGCUGCGCUCGCGCCCCACCUGGACGACGCGAUACGCGUGCUGCGCUGCACGCUGCUUGACCCCUUCGCCGCCGUGCGCCGAGAGAGCUGCGAGUGCGCCGCGGGCCUGGCGCGCGCCACGCCAGACCACUUCCACAUGCAGUCGGAGUCCCUGAUCGGCCCCCUGAUGCAGUCCAUCUCCCACCAGCACUGGAAGGUACGGGUGGCCGUCAUCGAGGCCACGGGCACGGUGAUCCAGUUUGGCAGCGGGAAGUCAGUGGACGACGUCCUUCCUCACUUUGCUCAGCGGCUCUUUGAUGAUGUCCCCCAGGUGCGCCAGGCGGUGGCACGCAUGGUCGGGGGCUGGCUGCUGCACCUGCGGGACCGCUACUCAUUCUUGCAUAGGCUCAUCCCGCUUCUCCUGAGCGGCCUCGACGACGAGAUCCCUGAGAUCGCGUGCGGGGCGGCCGGCCUCUGGGAGCAGGUCGGGCUACACUGGCAGAUGGAGAACGAGGAGGAACUCAAGGACAAGCUGGACUUCGCUGGCCCGCCCCCUGCACACCACCCCUCGCCAGGGAGCCGCCCGGGGCUGGGCUGCCGGGAGCUGGUCUUCAGAAACCUCUCCAAGAUCCUUCCCGCCAUCUGUCACGACAUCACCGACUGGGUGGUGGCGACCAGGGUGAAGUCGGCACAGCUGCUGGCGGUACUGCUGCUGCACGCGGAAGGCCACAUCACGCAGCACCUGGAGCCCAUCCUGCGCACGCUGCUCCACGCCUGCGCCGACGAGGAGGCGGCCGUGGUCCGCAGUUGCACGAGAUCCGCAGAGCUGAUCGGGACCUUCGUCAGCCCGGAGGUGUUUCUGAAGUUGAUCUUGUCGAUGCUGAGGAAGUCUCCCUCCCCCUCCGGCCUCCUGGUCUUUGCCUCCAUCAUCCGAGGCUGCCCGAGGGAGGCCCUCCGGCCGCACGUGAAGGUCAUCGCCGUGGAGCUGGCCCACGCUCACAUCUGCCAAGGGUCUGAAAAUCGCUUGUACGGGGAGCGCCUGCUGCAGUGCGUGCAGGCCGUGGUGUCCGUGAGCCGGGAGGACUGCCGAGGGGCUGGCGUGCCGCUCAUGGAGGUGCUGGUGACUGUCCUGGCGCUGUGGGGACCCGCGGGCCUUGGUGCCAAGGUUCAGGAGGCGCUGGCCGAGCUGGCCGCGGUGGAGAGUGUGGACGGCAGCCAGGACCUCUUCCGAGCGCACGUGGGCGCCCUCCUGGAGCGGCUGGCUGCCUCGCACCGGGACUGGACCGGCCACUCCACGGGGUUCCUGCAGUUUGACGUGGUGCUUGCCCACUCAGGCCCUGCCCUCGGAGAAGCCUUGCCCCAGCUGGUCCCCAUCCUCAGGAGCUGCCUCCAACCAGCCCGGGACCCGCCCAUGCGCCUGAAGCUCCUCUCCACCCUGUCGGGGCUGCUGCUGGGAGCCCGGGAGACGGUGGACUCGCAGGGACAGUUCCAUGGCUACCUGGACACCCUGAUCAAGGACAUCUUUGUCCCCAAUCUGCAGUGGCACGCGGGGAGGACGGCUGCGGCCAUCCGUACAGCGGCCGUGUCCUGCCUCUGGGCGCUUGUCAGCAGCGGGGUCCUGUCAGAUGAGCAGAUACAGGAAGUGCAGGAAAUGUUGACGCCUCAAAUUCUAAGCAGCCUGGAAGAAGAUUCUCAGGCGACUCGAUUAACUUCGUGCCGAAUCGUUAACGUAUUUUUAAAGACCUCUGGUGGUGUGAUGGAUCCAGACAAAUUCAUCAAGAUUUAUCCUGAACUCUUAAAACGCCUGGAUGACGUUUCCAACGAGGUGAGGCUGGCGGCCACCGCCUCCUUGGUCACCUGGUUGGAGCGUGUUGGGAACGAGGCCGGGAAGUGCUACUACCAGAGCAACAUUCAGCAACUGUACAGGGAGCUGCUCGUGUACCUCGAUGACCCUGAGAGCGCCAUCCAGGACGCAGUUCUCGAGGCCCUCAAAGCAGGCGGUGUCCUCUUCCCUGACCUCCUGGUGAGAGAGAUGGAGGCCGUCCUCCAUAAGCAUCGCUCACCUACCCACUGCGAGCAGCUGCUACAGCACCUGCAGGCCCUGCCGCCCGCCCCGUGA